AUGAAUCAAGCGUUGGAAAAGGCUGUUAGCGCAAUCACGUCUGAGUUCACAAUCGAUAAGGCAUUUCUUUGCAAGGCCACAAGUCAUUUCCUCAGUUCAAUGGAUGCUGGCCUUGCAUUCGAAACUCCCGCUCGUGAAUACAUGCCCAUGAUCCCUACAUAUGUUACUUCAAUUCCCACGGGAAAGGAGACCGGUCUUUUCUUAGCUGCCGACUUGGGCGGAACGAAUUUUAGAGUGUGCUCAAUUGAUUUAAAAGGAGACCACACUUUUGAGCUUAAGCAAGCUAAAUUUCCAAUUCCUCUUGACUUAAUGCUGGGAACAACUUCAGACGCCUUGUUUUCAUUUAUUGCAGAAAAAAUUAAGGCUUUUUUGGAGGAGCAUCACAGUGAGCUUGACAAGUCAGGUGCCAUCAAACUUGGCUUCACGUUUCUGUUUCCAGUGGAACAGACUGCCCUUGAUCGUGGGAAACUAAUUCGGUGGACCAAAGGCUUUGAUUUGCCCGAUUGCGUAGGCAGAGAUAUCGUUGAGUACUUGCAAAAGCAUCUCGACAAGUUGAAAACUCCUGUCACUGUGGUAGCAUUAGCAAAUGACACGGUUGGAACUUUGCUUUCGAGAGCAUACUCGAAUGACUCCUCGAAGUCUCAGGCAAAUACUAUAAUUGGUUGUAUCUUUGGAACCGGUACCAAUGGUGCUUACUACGAAAGGAUAUCUAACAUUCCCAAAUUGGCAUCUGCUUCCUUGCUGCAAGAUAUUAUUGGCAUGGUAAUUAACACGGAAUGGGGUUCAUUUGACAACCUGUUGGAUGUGUUGCCAAGAACUAAAUUUGAUGAUGUAGUAGAUUCGGAAACAUCAAACAAAGGCUAUCAUCUCUUUGAAAAGAGAAUCAGCGGAAUGUUCUUAGGUGAACUUUUAAGAGUGACACUCCUUGAUCUCUUUGAACGCAAACUAGUAUUCCAAGAUCUUUAUAAGAAGAGAGGGGGAAGUUUGCCCCAUCGCUUAAGAGAGCCCUUUCUCUUGUCAGUUGAAGUGUUGUCGUAUAUCGAAAUUGACGACUCAACUGAACUUAGGAUGUCAGCUCUUAUUCUCGAGAAUCACUUGCGCCUUCCAACUACCUACGAGGAAAGAAUUGCUAUCCAGAAACUCACACAGGCAAUAUCAAACAGGGCCGCGUGUCUUUCCGCUAUACCUUUGGCUGCUAUAGUUAUGAGGGUCAAGGACCAAUACGUCGAUGAUGAUAAAGACUUUGAAGUUGGCUGUGAUGGAUCGGUAGUCGAAUUUUACCCGGGAUUUCAAGAAAAGAUUUUAAAUGCAUUUAAUCUUAUUAACCCGUUGAAGGGAUCAAACAAGAAAUUGCAUUUGCAGAUUGCGAAAGACGGUAGUGGUGUUGGAGCUGCUCUUUGUGCAUCCACCGUGACUUGA